UUGGACACCAAAAAUCUAGGGGCCUAUUGCACGUUGUCACUGAGGGGAACGUGACCUCCUUGUCAUCCUAGGUACUGUAGCUGUUGUCAAGUGUAACUAAAUCUUAUUAUAAGUAUGAAGUUUAUAAUAUGAACUGUGCGAUUGCUUUAUUUUAUUAAGGGAACUCAACAUGUCGGUAAAUCGCUGUAUUUAUUUGUUGUCGCGCUCUAAUAUUCGAUACCGAGUAUAUGCUAGCACUACCUCAUCAACUGUUGUAGCAGUACACAACGCUUUCCUGCAUCCUACAAAAACGACAUGUGAAAACUUUGCUCAGCUGAGGAGGCAUUCAUCCUCAAACGGCUCAUCGAGACCACUGGACACCUCACUGUUUGUACCUCUCACCAUCAAAAGUGAUGAAGGCGGAAACGGGACAGUCGGUGCAGAGUUAACACAACCACUAAACAAAAGUGAACUUCUUAAAGUACUGAAUAGAUUCUACAAAAGAAAAGAAAUGCAAAAACUGGCUGCUGACCAAGGGCUCGAUGCCCGUCUCUUUCAUCAAGCCUUUGUCAGCUUUAGGAAGCAUGUGCUGGAAAUAAAUGCAUUAAGUGCUGAUUUGCACAUCAUUCUUAAUGACAUCUGCUUUGGAGCUGGGCACAUUGAUGAUAUUUUCCCAUAUUAUAUGAGACAUGCCAAGCAGAUUUUUCCUAUGUUGGACUGUUUGGAUGAUUUGCGCAAAAUCAGUGACUUGAGGGUCCCUGUCAACUGGUAUCCUGAGGCCAGAGCUAUUCAAAGAAAGAUUAUUUUUCAUGCCGGACCCACGAACAGUGGGAAGACCUAUCAUGCCAUUCAGAGAUACCUAGCUGCCAAAUCUGGAGUGUACUGUGGACCUCUAAAGCUGCUGGCGCAUGAAAUCUAUGAGAAGAGUAAUGACGCAGGAGUGCCAUGUGAUCUGGUGACAGGAGAAGAAAGGAUAUUUGUUGAUCUAGAGGGAAGGCCAUCUGACCACAUCGCCUGUACAAUAGAGAUGUGCAGUGUUACAACACCUUAUGAAGUGGCUGUCAUAGAUGAGAUUCAGAUGAUCAGAGAUCCUUCCAGAGGGUGGGCAUGGACGAGAGCUCUGCUUGGAUUGUGUGCUGAAGAGAUUCAUGUGUGUGGAGAGACUGCAGCAAUUGACUUCAUCACUGAACUCAUGUACAGCACCGGUGAAGAGGUUGAGGUUCAUAAUUAUAAGAGGCUGACUCCAUUCUCAAUCUCAAAUCAAGCGGUGGAAUCACUAGAUAACCUGAAGCCUGGGGACUGCAUCGUAUGCUUCAGCAAAAAUGACAUCUACUCCAUCAGCAGGCAGAUAGAGAUCCGUGGACUGGAGUGUGCUGUUAUUUAUGGCAGUCUGCCUCCUGGCACCAAGUUGGCUCAAGCAAAGAAGUUUAAUGAUCCAGAGGACCCUUGCGAAAUCCUUGUUGCCACAGAUGCAAUUGGAAUGGGUCUGAACUUGAGCAUUAGGAGAAUCAUCUUUAAUUCUCUGGUUAAACCCAAUGUGAAUGAGAAGGGAGAAAAGGAGAUGGACACCAUUUCCACCUCACAGGCGCUGCAGAUCGCGGGGCGAGCGGGACGCUUCAGCUCUGUUUUUAAAGAGGGUGAGGUCACCACUAUGCAAAGAGACGACUUGCCUGUUUUGAAGGAGAUUUUGGGGAAACCUGUUGACCCCAUUGAGGUUGCAGGAUUACAUCCUACAGCAGAACAGAUAGAGAUGUUUGCCUACCAUCUGCCCCAGGCCACUCUCUCAAAUCUCAUUGACAUAUUUGUGAGUCUUUCACAAGUGGAUGGACUUUACUUUGUGUGCAACAUUGAUGACUUUAAAUUCUUGGCGGAUAUGAUCCAGCAUAUUCCUCUGAAUCUGCGCAUUCGCUAUGUGUUCUGCACUGCGCCCAUCAACAAGAAACAGCCUUUUGUGUGCACAUCCUUCCUCAAGUUUGCCAGACAGUUCAGCAGAGACGAGCCUCUUACAUUUGACUGGGUAUGUCGACAUGUGAAUUGGCCCCUGACCCCUCCCAAAAACAUCAAGGACCUGGUUCACCUAGAAGCUGUUCAUGAUGUGCUAGAUCUUUACCUUUGGCUCAGCUAUCGCUUCAUGGACAUGUUUCCAGAUGCCAACCUCAUCCGUGAGAUUCAAAAGGAACUGGACACCACUAUCCAGAUAGGUGUGCUUAACAUCACACGGCUUAUCCGUGCUACGGAGAACCAAACAUCUUCUACAGCGCCUGCUACCUCCACUAGACUUUCUGGUUCAGACCAGCCACCAGUCAGGAGGGGGCGAGUAGCAAAAGCCCAGAAUCAAAGAGGAGAGAUCAUGGCGACGGACUCAUCUCUGGGCUCGAAGCUGGUGCAGGAUGGACUACUGACCAAAGAGCUAUUACAGCAACUGCAGAGAGAGUGGAUCAGAGAGCAGAGCCAAAAUGAAGACUCUUCCAUUUCAACAAAUAAGGUCAAAGGGAAAAGAAAGAAAAAGUGAACUAUUUUGAAUCAGACUGACUUUUCUGUACUUUUGGGAAGGUGAUGUUUAACAUGAAAGCAGUGUGGCUGUUUUUAGUGCAUUGCAAGCAUGUGAGCCAGAUAGAGGGUAAUUGACACAUCUUGCUGCAAAUAUAAAGAGGCCUAUACUUUUACCCAUCAAAAUAAACUUGAUAUUUUUAAUGGCACGCUAUUGCCUAACCCCAAUAGAAGAUGGUUAUUUUUCUAAAAAAAAUCCAUUAUCUUAUUUUUUAUAAUCCAUUAAAAUCUAAAUCAUGUAAGAUAGGCUACCAUAUGACCUAGUUAUCUUGUCACCCCAUUAAAAGCCAAUCAUUUGUAUUUGCCCUGUUCUAUAUUUAGCAACGUUGUGCAAUCCGAUGUUAUUUUUGUAACUCCGCUUGACCAAUGAAAUACUACAGCUCACAUGUGGAACGAUUUUAUCAGCGUACACCUUACUGCAUCAGCCUUUUACACUCAAGGUCAACAUAAAGGUCUUUUUU